CAGCAUAAACAGUUCUCCUACGGUGAGACUCUUACGCACGCAGCGGGCAUGGCGGUGGCGGCAGGACGCACAGGGUUUAAUACGGUUUUACGCAGAUGUGCGAAGCGCGACAGGGUCGCAAAAUUUUUGCUGCAGAUACAAGCGAAGCGGCAGUAAAGGCAACCUUCGAACUCGCGAGGAGAAACCAACUAACGCCGGACAUAUUGAAUGACUUCGGACUAGCUAUGAAGCUCACGCGAGUCACCGCCAAGGUUCUUCUCGAGAGUGAUGUAGCAGCGGAUUUCAUCCAAGCAAAAGAUGAAGAUGGAUGGACCAUGCUUCACUGGGCCGCCUUCUACGGAUAUGGGGACAUUGUUGAGGACAUAGUAGAACACGGCGGCGGAUACUCGUGUAGCAGCGUCAUCAAUAUUAAGCAGGACGACAGGAAAAUCUGCGUUCGAGAUCGCGUCACAGUCUUUUCAGAAACUGGUGGCACGAUCUUUGGGAGCUUAAACAUUGCUGUUGCGUCAUGCAGUGUAUGACGAAAAAACGGAUGUAAUCAAGCAGUUGGUGAGUUUGCCAACUCUGGAGGACUUCGG